AUGGCAAUAAAUACAGAAUUACUUUCAAAAAUAUGUACAACGCCGGGGGCACCGGGGUUUGAGCAAAAAGUGCGUGAGCUGGUAAUCAGUGAGGUAAAGGAUUUGGUAGAUGAGCUGGAGAUUGAUAACAUGGGGAACGUCUAUGCGAUCAAACGAGGAACAGCGGCUACUGAUGGAGAGAGAAAUAAGCGAGUGAUGGUCGGAGCGCACAUGGAUGAAAUCGGAUUUAUUGUUACGCACAUUGACGAUAACGGAUUUAUCCGCUUUCAUACAUUGGGAGGAUUUGACCCAAAAACAUUGACAGCUCAGCGCGUGAUCGUUCACGGAAAAGAAGAUGUGAUCGGAGUAAUGGCUUCGAAGCCAAUUCACGUAAUGUCGCCAGAAGAGCGAAACAAGGUUGCAAAGACGAAAGAUUACUUCAUCGAUACGGGAAUGUCAGCCGAAAAGGUGAAAGAACUAGUUCAAGUGGGUGAUUCAAUCACACGUGAACGAGAAUUCAUUGAAAUGGGCGACUGCGUAAACGGGAAAUCAUUGGAUAAUCGUUUGGCGGUAUUCAUUUUGCUUGAAACAUUGAGAAACCUGAAGGAUCAGGAGAUUCCAUUUGAUCUAUAUGGAGUGUUUACAGUUCAAGAGGAA